UCUCAGAACCACUGAACUAUAUCUUUCAAAGAUCCUGGAGCACAGGGGAGCUGCCAGAGGACUGGAAAAGAGUUGAUGUAGUUCCCAUCUUCAAAAAAGGAAAAAAAAACAGAUCCAGGAAACUACAGACCUAUCAGUCUGACCUCAAUACCGGGGAAGAUUCUGGAAAAGAUAAUCAAGCAACGAAUCACCGAAAACCUAGAAGCAAACAAAGUAAUAACCAAAAGCGAACAUGGGUUUGUCAAAAACAGAUCAUGCCAGACUAAUCUUAUCGCAUUCUUUGACAAAAUGACAAAAUUAGUAGACCAGAGGAAUGCUGUCGAUAUAAUUUACUUGGACUUCAGUAAAGCAUUUGAUAAAGUACAUCAUAACCUACUACUAGAUAAAGUAGAAAAAUGUGGGUUAGACAGCACCACCACCAGAUGGAUUCGUAAUUGGCUGACCAACCGCACUCAACGUGUAGUCCUCAACGGAACUACAUCCACAUGGAGGGAAGUAUGCAGUGGAGUACCCCAAGGCUCUGUUUUAGGCCCAGUACUCUUCAACAUCUUCAUCAAUGACUUGGACGAGGGGAUAGAUGGGGAACUCAUCAAAUUUGCAGAUGACACCAAGCUGGCAGGAAUAGCCAACACUCCAGAAGAUAGGCUCAAAUUACAGAAAGAUCUUGACAGACUUGAACAUUGGGCGCUAUCUAACAAAAUUAAAUUCAACAGUGAAAAAAGUAAGGUUCUACAUUUAGGCCAAAAAAACAAAAUGCACCAGUACCGUAUAUGUGGUACCUUGCUCAAUAGUAGUACCUGUGAGAGGGAUCUUGGAGUCCUAGUGGAUAACCAUUUAGAUAUGAGCCAGCAGUGUGCAGCAGCUGUUAAAAAAGCCAACACAGUUCUGGGCUGCAUAAACAGAGGGAUAGAAUCAAGAUCACGUGAAGUGUUAGUGCCACUUUAUAAUGCCUUGGUAAGGCCACACUUGGAAUAUUGCAUCCAGUUUUGGUUGCCACGAUGUAAAAAAGAUGUUGAGACUCUAGAAAGAGUGCAGAGAAGAGCAACAAAGAUGAUUAGGAGACUGGAGGCUAAAACAUGAAGAACGGUUGCAGGAACUGGGUAUGUCUAGUUUAACAAAAAGAAGGACUAGGGGAGACAUGAUAGCUGUGUUCCAAUAUCUCAGGGGCUGCCACAAAGAAGAGGGAGUUGGGCUGUUCUCCAAAGCACCUGAGGGUAGAACAAGAAGCAAUGGGUGAAAACUGAUCAAAGAAAGAAGCAACUUAGAACUAAGGAGAAAUUUCCUGACAGAACAAUUAAUAAGUAAUAAUAAUAAGUAAUAAUAAGUAAUAAUACUUUAGUAGUAAUAAUUAAUAAGUAAUAAUACUUACGGGACCUCCUGCUGUUACCACAUGCCUCCCACCGACCCGUACGCUCCCAUAGAGAGGGACUUCUCAGGGUGCCGUCCGCCAAACAAUGUCGGCUGGCGGCCCCCAGGGGAAGGCCUUCUCUGUGGGGGCUCCCACACUCUGGAACGAGCUUCCCCCGGGUUUACGUCAAAUACCUGACCUUCGGACAUUCCGUCGCGAACUGAAGACACAUCUUUUUAUUCGCGCGGGGCUGGCUUAAACUGGAUUUUUAAAAGUGAAAUUUUUUUAAUUUUAAAUGGGGUUUUAAUUGACGGUAAUUUUUAACUUCAGGCUAAUUUUAAAUAAGUUUUUUAAAUGGUAUUUUAACCUGUAUAUUUGUAUUGUUGGUUUUAUCUUGCCUGUACACUGCCCUGAGUCCUUCGGGAGAAGGGCGGUAUAAAAAUCAAAUAAAUAAAUAAAAUAAAUAAAUAAAGUGGAACGACUUGCCUUCAGAAGUUGUGAAUGCUCCAACACUGGAAAUUUUUAAGAAAAUGUUGGAUAACCAUUUGUCUGAAAUGGUGUAGGGUUUCCUGCCUGGGCAGGGGGUUGGACUAGAAGGCCUCCAAGGUCCCUUCCAACUCUGAUGUUAUGUUAUGUUAUAACUAAAAGGUAAAUUUGACUUGGGAUUUGAGGUGAGCAAGAAUGAAGUAUUCAAAUUGCCUUUUAAUGGUGGUUGCAGUUUUCAAGGGGUGUGUUUUAGACUUCCCAAAAGCAUCUCAAUGUUCAUCCCAAAGUCUCUCCCUGAACUGCUAAGUUUGAUGGUUUCCCCACUGCAAGGGGCACAUAAAAGCCAUGCCAAACUGAAGACUCUUGUCCUCCAGAGAUAAAAGGUCCCCAAAUCUAAAGGAAAAAUAUGUAGCAAAAGAUAAAGAAGGAAAGGCCACACCUGUCAAGUGAAGUGGAGGAGCUAAACAGCAGCUCCUGACGGAAAAAAAAAUAUCAAAAGAAGCAAUGAAGCUCUGGGCCUCUGGUGGCUCAACAGACUAAUGCAGUCUGUUAUUAAUACAGCUGCUUGCAAUUACUGCAAGUUCAAGUCCCACCAGGCCCAAGGUCGACUCAGCCUUCCAUCCUUUAUAAGGUAGGUAAAAUGAGGACCCAGAUUGUUGGGGGCAAUAAGUUGACUUUGUAUAUAAUAUACAAAUGGAUGAAGACUAUUGCUUGACACAUUGUAAGCCGCCCUGAGUCUUCGGAGAAGGGCGGGAUAUAAAUUCAAACAAAAAAAAAAUAGUAUUUCACAAAAGUGGCAGGCAUUCUAUCCAGAAAUCCAGCAGCCACCCACACAGAUUAGGAGUUCUCAAAUUCUCUCACUUUGACUUGGGUUGGGAAGUACAAGUGGAGAGGAAAAAAAGAUAAGCGCUAACAUGGUUAUAAUCAUUUGCAAGUGGAUCAUGAAAUAGGCUGUCAUUUCAUUUAUGGUAGUCAGUCAUGGAGAUUUCAACAGAGCUCCCCCAGAGGUGAAGGUGUUUUGUUUGUGAAUAGUCUUAAUGGGCACAGAAUCUACUGGGAGCUACUAAAAUCUGGGGCUGCUUUCUGGCUCUAAGACCAUAUUUCUUCAUUUCUCCUUUGGGGAAAUAUAUUUUACCUUUUAAUGUUCCCCGAAAUAUUUCAUUCUCUAGAGUGGGGGGGGGGGCUUCCCACAGCAGAAAUAGAAACUACAAACGUAAUGGGCAGAUUGCACUGUAGAAAAAAAAAGAUUCCUUUGAGCAUCACAUUAAUACAGACAACAGAGAGGACAAACUGGUUUGGAGAAAUCCCGAAAAGUUAUUACUUACAUAUUUAAUAAUAUAUAACAUAUAUAAUUAUAAUUAUAUAGUACAUAAAUUACGGGGAAGUAAAGAGAAACCCCAGGUGCUCAGAAGUAGUGCAGAGAAGAGCAACCGGGAUAAUUAGGGGACUGGAGGCUAAAACAGAGAAUGGUUGCAGGAACUGAGCAUGGCUAGUCUAGUGAAGAGAAGGACCAGGGGAGACAUGAUAGCAGUCUUCCAAGUUGCCACAAAGAGGACGGGGUCAAGCUAUUUUCGAAGGCACCUGAAGGCCAGACAAGGAAUAAUGGAUGGAAACUGGUCAAGGAAAGAUUCAACCUAGAAAUGAGAAAUUUUCUGACAUAACAACCCAUGGAACAGAAGUUGCCUUCGGAAGUUGUGGGAGCUUCAUCACUGGAGGCUUUCAAGAAUAGACAGGACUGCCAUCUGUUAGAAAUGGUGCAGGGUCUCCUACUUGGGCAGAGGGUUGGGCUAGAUGACCAACAAGGUCCCUUCCAACUCUGUUAAUCUUAGAUUCCAUUCAAAGGCGCUUUGCUCGAUUCCUGCCCUGCUUCACCGCCUCCGGGGCUUCAUCCGCGCAUCCCCUCCCAUUCCCCAACCGAAUACACCACCACGUGACUUUGGCCGACACAGAACAGAGCAUGCGCAGAAGACCUUUGCCAGGCCCGGAUGUUGAACAGAGGACAGGAGAGGCGGUAGCUGCCUCAUGAGACGCUCUAGUCAAGAGCAAUAAAGCACGAGGGAUUAAUAAUCUUGUGCCUCUCUAGGAAGCAGUCAUAUCUCACCGAGUCUGUGGGAGGCCUGGCGAGAGCGGGAAGUUUUGGCGGGAGAGACUCGCAGCUGCUCUUCUCCGCCUCAGAAACUCUGAGGGAGCGGAGCUCCAUUUUCUCCCCUGAAACCGGGAAAGGGGCGGGUCCACCGUGACUGAAGGCGGCCUCAGCGAGUUUUCCCCCGUACUGGCUCUGCUGAAGCCGGAGAUCGAAUGGAGGCCCGGGGGUCUCUGGGGGCGGGAGCAGCAGCGGCCCUUCAGGCGGGGAGCGUCGGCGGCAGCAGGGAGUCCAGCGACGGCCCGAGCGGCCUCCCCGAGGAGCCCCGCAGCUCCGAGGCUGAGCGCUGGCGGUUCCGCAGCUGCCGCUCCCUGGAAGCCGAGGGGCCCCGGGCGCUCUGCAGCCGCCUGCACGGGCUGUGCCGGGGGUGGCUGCGGCCCGAGCGGCGCAGCAAAGCCGACAUGCUGGACCUGGUGGUGCUGGAGCAGCUGCUGGCCCUGCUGCCCCCGGAGCUGUCGGGCUGGCUGAGGGAGUGCGGGGCGGAGAGCUGCGCCCAGGCGGUGGCCCUGGCCGAAGGCUGCCUCCUCGGCCCACCAGCCGCCCCGCAGCCCGGAAAGGGGUGGCAGUUGCAGGAGCCGUUUGUGGGUGAGAUCUCAGCAGACCUUCAGGGAAGAGGGGAUCCAUCCAGUCCUAAAGAGGUUUUCUCAAGGAUCCAAGUGGGGACAACUUGCCAGGACUCUGAUCCCUUUGAGGAGGUGGCUGUGGACUUUACAGAAGAAGAGUGGGCACUGCUGGAUUCUGGCCAGAAGGCCUUGUGCAGGGAAGUCACGCUGGAACUUUUCAGGAAUAUGGCUGCUCUGUGUGAUGGCCUGGUAAAUGAGAAAGAAAAACAGCCGAGGUUACUGACAUUGCAAAGAGCAGUGUGUGCAAAGAGUCAUUCCUUCUCUUUUACUUUAUUUAAAAUACUGAAUAGAAAAUACAAACUACAUACUUUUGCAAAAUAUGACAGGGAUUUCCGUCUAAGCAAAAAGAUGAAACUGUGCAUGCAAUGUGGAAAGAGCUUCAGUACCAAAAGUAAUCAUUGCCAUUGGAGGAGCCACACAAGUGAGAGGCCAUAUAAAUAUCCAGAAUAUGGAAAAAGCUUUUGUCAGAAAACAGAGGUUAUUUGUCAUAAAAAGAUCCACACAGGAGAGAGACCAUAUAAAUGCAUGGAGUAUGGAAAGAGAUUUAUUGACAAUUGUCACCUUACUUUCCAUCAAAUGAUAUAUACAGGGGAAAAAUUGUAUAAAUGCUUGGAGUGUGGAAAAAGCUUUCGUUGGAACUCAGAACUUAUUCGUCAUAAGCGGAUCCACACUGGGGAGAGACCAUAUAAAUGCAUAGAGUGUGGCAAGUACUUUACUCAGAAAAGACAUCUCAUUGUUCAUGAAAGGAUCCACACUGGGGAGAGACCAUACAAUUGCAUGGACUGUACAAAGCAAUUUACGCAGAAAGGUCAUCUCAUAUAUCAUGAAAGAAUCCAUACAGGGGAGAGACCAUAUAAAUGCACAGUGUGUGGAAAAAGCUUUGCUCAAAAAGCACAACUUAAUGCUCAUAAAAGAAUCCACAUAGGGGAGAGACUAUUUAAAUGCUUGGACUGUGGAAAAAGCUUUAAUUGGGGCAGAGGUCUAAUUCAUCAUGAAAGGACCCACACUGGGGAGAGACCAUAUAAAUGCACAGAGUGUGGAAAAAACUUUGCUCAAACAGCAUAUCUUAAUGCUCAUAAAAGGAUCCACACAGGGAAGAGACCAUAUAAAUGCCUGGAAUGUGGAAAGAGCUUUUUAGACAAGGGUGACCUUACUCGACAUCAAAUGAUCCAUACAGGAGAUAAACCGUAUAAAUGCAUGGAGUGUGGAAAGAGCUUUAUUGACAAGUGGCGCCUUACUGUCCACCAAAGAAUUCACACCGGGGAAAGACCGUAUAAAUGCAUGGAGUGUGGAAAAAGCUUUUGUCGGAAUGCAGAAUUUAUUCAUCAUAAGAGAAUCCACACUGGGGAGAGACCAUAUAAAUGCAUGGAGUGUGGAAAAAGUUUUGCUUGGAAAGGACAUCUUAAUACUCAUAAAAGGAUCCACACAGGGGAGAGACCAUAUAAAUGCUUAGAGUGUGGAAAGACGUUUGUUCGGAAAGGAUGUCUUACUGGUCAUGAAAGAAUUCACACAGGGGAGAAACCAUAUAAAUGCACAGUGUGUGGAAAGCUGUUUGCUAGGUCAGGACAUCUUUAUUCUCAUAAAAGGACCCAUACAGGGGAAAGACCAUAUAAAUGCUUGGAGUGUGGAAAGAGCUUUAACUGGAACAGAGAUCUUAUUCGUCAUGAAAGAAUCCACACUGGGGAGAGACCAUACAGGUGCAUGGAGUGUGGAAAGCAGUUUACUCAGAAAAGUGGUCUUAUUAAUCAUGAGAGAAUCCAUACAGGUGAGAGACCAUAUAAAUGCACAGAAUGCGGAAAAGGCUUUACUCAAAGAGGACCACUUAAUUCUCAUAAAAGGAUUCACUUGAGGGAGAGACCAUAUAAAUGCGUGUAGUGUUUAGAAAGCUUUAACGACAUUUACUCAAGAAAGAAUGCACACACCAUAUAAAUGCAUGGUGUGAAAAUAAUUUUACUGGGAAAGAACAUCUUACUCAUCAUGAAAGGAUCUAUGCAGGUAGGAAGCCUUCUAAAUGAACAAAGUGGAAAGGCCUCCAGUAGAAACCUAUCUGACUCAACAUUAGAGGAUUCAAAUGGGAGAAGUCAUGUAAAUGCAUAAUUCUCAUAAAAGAAUGCCCAUAGAAGAAACCAUAGAAAUACAUGGAAGGUGCUUCAGAAUAAGCUUUUUGGUCUGAAAUACUGGAAUUCAUUCAGAACAGCCAGGUCUUCCCUUUCCUAGUUUGACCUGCAUUUUUCUUCUCCCUGUGGAAAGAGAGAUGGAAAAUAGAAAUUAAGCCCUUCAGUUUCCUCCCUGUUGCCGAUCACCAUCUUACUAUCUUUUCCAAUUGGAGGACUGAUGGCUUCCUUCACUUCCCUCUUAAUUUACCUAAAGACUCUAUAUCAGGGGUGUCAAGCCCGUGGCCCAGAUGUGCAGGCCCCAUCCACGCCCGGUUUAAUGAAGGGGGGAAAGUCCCAAUAUGUUUCGUGACUCUGCCAGGAUGAGAUGAGUUUGACACCCCUGCUCUAUAUGAAAUAGAAAUGGUAUACAUAUAUCAAAUUCAGAAAGCAGUUCAAUCUGCAGAGUUGUUUUAAUUUGCAAAACAUAAUGCUCAUUUUCUUUUCAUUCCUCUUAAGGUUUAGCUAAAGAAAUCUUGCCAUUUCUCUUUGUUAGAGGAGUGAGUUCAGCCUCAGAAAGGCAGCUUGUUUUUGAGCAGUUGCCAAUUAUUCCUUGAACUUCCCAACACAUUUUGAAAACUCCUUUUAUAGUCUUUGAAGCUUAUUAAGAAACAUUUUUAUUAUUCAAUUUUUUUAUUUUAGUUAUUUAUAUAUAUCAAUGCGUGAAUGGUGUGAUACCUGGAGUAUCGUACAUUUCAAUAAAAACAGGUAUAAUAUUAUUACUCACAAUUACUACUUUUCAUUUUCAUUGUUCAUUGCUCAUAUCCUUUGCUGCCACUCGUCAGUUCUAAACCUUCUUAUUCUUUCAUAUAUCUUAAUAUAUUGGUACAUAUAUAUAGUUCCCCUCUUAUUUCUAUUUAUUUUAACUUUUUUUCCCCCUCUGUCACUAUAAUAUUCAAAGAAAUGAUAAUAACAUUUCUUUUCUGUUCCCUAUUAGCACACAUGUAUUUUACAGUACAUUCUUUCAUUAUCUAAUCACCCAUUAUUUAAUUCUAGCAUAUUUUUAUGCUUUGAUAAUGCUAUCAUUCAAAUUCUAGUUUUUCAAUUAAAACUUAAUUCUUCAUUCCUCUUUUCAUGUUCUCUCCAAUCCUCCAAUCCAUAAAAUUCUAAUUAAUAUACAUAUUUGUGUUAACAUAUAUUCUUUCAUUAUCUGAUCACCUAUUGUUUAAUUCUAGCAUUUCACUAUUAACCAUAUUUUUAUACAUAUUUAACUAUUACACUACAUACAAAGUAAUUAUCCAACUUAUAAUUCUAAUAUUAAUACCCAUUAUUGAAAUACUUUCAUGAAAUAUCUUUUACUUUACUUUCCCUUUCUUUUUCCUUUAUCCAUCAUUUCUUACCUGCAUCCAAAUUUUUAGUCUUUUUUUGUUGUUGCCUCCCAUAUUUUUUUUAGUCUUUUAUUUCAUCUGUGUGUGAAUAUAUUUUGACUAUACAUUCUAGCUUUUUCUCCCCUCUCUACCUUUCCCCACUGUCUUGUUUUAAAGAUGUCUGUUCUAACCUCUUAUCUCGUUUCUUCAGCUAUCUUCCUGUUUCUCCCAUUCCCUUUUAAAUCUUUUCAAGUAUUUUCCUCCUGUUUUAAUUCCUUAAUCACUAUUGAUUUUAAUAAUGUUUCCACGUUGUCUUCUUGCUGGUUUCUCAGUUCUGCUUUCUCCUCCUUUCUGGUAGCUCCAUUCUUUCCUUAAUUGUCCUGGUUUUUGCACAUUGUUCCUUGUAUCAUGUUUUCCAAUUUUUGGUCUAUGUGAUCAAAUAUUUCCAUCAUCUCAUUAUAUUGUUCUUUUAUAAAAUUCUUAAUGUUUUGGUAUAUCAGCUUCAUUCCGUUGUCUUCGUUCACUUCCAUCUUGCGUUACACCUUUGCUUACUAGAUUUCCUUUUAGGCCAAUUGUCCAGAAAUUGUUGAUUCAAAAUAGAGGUUCCAAAUCACAAUUUUAAAUGUCAAGCAGUCAAUCCAAUUUAAAUGAACCAAGGAGUUAUCCACGCUUCUUCCAAUCACUAUAUAUUCAGCAAUGUUCAGGAGUCUCUUAGCUAAGAUUUAUACAUGAUUAUUCCUGAGAUUGUGCAGUUCUCCUUUUAGCAACAGAUGGUGCUCUACCUUCAACUUGCUACAGCCUCUGUGUUGUUAACAAAUCUGAUUUUAGUUAUUUUAAAUUAUAAAUCCAGUAAGUGAGCAGUAUUAAUAAAAAAAAUUUAAGAUCUAAUUCCAGCAUUUUAAAAUGUCUUUUCAAUAUCACGUCUUUUUACUUUGAGAGUUCAAUUUUCUUUUUCUUUCUAAAAAUAUUUUUCUCUUCUUAAAUUCUCCGGUAUUUUUUCAAAGUGCUCAUUCGCCAUUAGCAAAUCCUUCUAAACAUAUAUUCCCAUUGGAUUUCUUGGGUUCAGAUUGCAAUUAGAAGUAUUCUUUAACCCCGUUCAUACAACAUUCACUUUCUCUGCUCUAGCACUGUCAGAUGUUCAGACUAUCCCCGGCUUCAUGGCACGAUCUUUGCUGCCUCUGCUCCCCGUCUUCAGAUGAGGGGGUUUUCCAAGUCAGGGAGGAGAGAUGCAACCUGCAAGGUGGUCCCCCUUUUCUUUGCCACCCCUCCAAACUAGGUAUGGCUCCUGAGCCUUCUGAUGAGGAAAGACUGGACUGGGACCAUGGAGCCCAUGGACCAUGCUUCCGAAGGUGCCAGAAGUACAACCCUAACUCUAACCCUUUUUUAAAAAAGAAACUUUUAUUAAUAAAGGUUCCCCCCCCCUUUUUUUUCCUAGUAAGGUCAAAGAAAUUGAAAGAAUACAAUGCAUUUUCUAAAAAUAAAAAUGGUGACAGUUCACAAAGAUUACUAAGGACAAAUAGAAAUACACAUUAUUUCCAUAGCAAGGAAGAUAAAGAAGGAAUGGUUAAAUUGAUUAUUUUAUUCAAAGAGGAAAAUAUGUUCUUAUUUGGAUAUUCACUUUUUGAAUUUGUAGUUGUGAAGAAAAAAUGAAACUGACCUUGGUUUUGUUGAUUAGAAAAAUUUGUUGUUAUAGGAAUGGCUAGUUAUAUAUUAAUGUGUAAAAGCAAAAAGUUGAGGUUGGAGUGUGUUAUGUUACCCACUCCCUUCCCCCCCCCGCUUAAUUUCCUAUUUUCUUCUUUGUAUUUUAUAUAAUAAAAAUAAAAAUGAUAAAAAUUUGGUGAAAAAAACUUAUUAGUUGUAAUUCCCCCACAGUCUCUUUCAAUUUAUUCUUUUUUCCACUGUUAAGCUAUUUAAGUUUAGUAGCUGGAGCAGUGGGGUUGUGCAGUGAGCCAGAACAUGCAAUUGUGGUUGAUUGAAGAGUGCUGGCUCCUAUGUGAGGCAAUCUGCAAUCGAAUGAUUGCUCUAGGACUAGGUGUUGAGGGGGGAGUUUCUCUCCCUCCUUUUUCUUCUGUGUAUCCCGUGUUCUGCAAUUAACCUGGUGAUGCGCCUCCACCUAACUAUCUAGUCUGUUGUAUAUAUUGAGGUAGAAUAUGUUUAUAUAAAACUACAAAUAUGUGUCAGCAUCUAUGACUUCAUUUGGACACCUUCUGUGCAAUUCCCUGACAUUAUCUGACCCAGUUUUCAUGGCCCAUGAGCUCCAUAUUUCAUUUCACGUAGGGGAUAAACCCACUUCAGGAGGUCAAUUUCUGAUGGUUGUUUAUAGGUAUUGCUACCUUUUGAAAUCAGAUCAACUUCAAGAUUCAACCCGCAAGGAAGGAUCAAGCAGAAAAA